AUGAAUGUUUCAUUUACGGAACGUUUAAUGGAAUUAAACAAUGCUCGUGAAAGGUCACUUAUCUCAGAGGAAGAGUACUGCAUGUUAAGGUUGAAGAUAUUUGAUGCUUUUACAUCAUCGACCACUCAAUCGACCACUUCUCAGCCUCAACAACAACCUCUUUCGUCUCCUCAUGACAAAUCACUGCAACAAUUAACUCCACAACCUUCAUCAAUUCUUCAACAACAUGUAACUUUCAGUCAACAAACUUUUAAUUCUUUUCCGGCAAAACCACUUUCAGGUAAAACGAAGAUACCGUCGGCGCAAUCAAUCCAUUCUUCAAAUGGCUCUUUAUCAUCUACCCAACAAUCUCAACAAUCUCCACGAUUACUUUCACGUCAGAUUAACGACACCAUUAGUGAUAAUAUUACGAAUGACUCUUCAACACCAGAAAACGUAAUAGGAACUAAUUCAGUUUCACCUACUAAUCAGAUAUACAUUCCUAAAAGAACUCGUUCAAGUUUGGUUUCUCCUGUUCUUCAGGCAUCCAAUAUUAAUAGUAAUGAAGAAUUAUCUGUACGAGUAUUACCAACGCUUUCUGAAUCUCAACAUGCGACUACUUCAAGUGCUAAUAUAAAAUCUCCAUCAUCACCCCCAUCAUCAGUAAUGUCAAGUUCAAUUCCUAUUUUAAAGGCAAUAAUACGUGAUUCUUCAAAAAAGAACCUUUCUACGAAUCGUUCUACUCCAAUGACUUAUAUUAAUCUUGAUCCUACCUCUUUAUUUGAUCAUACUAACAAUCAUAAUGUAACUACCAAUAUUAUGAAUCAUAACGAAUUGAACAAUAGUGACUCGAUUAAUAUUAUUAAAAAUGAUGAAAAUCAUCUUAGUAACGGAAGAAUUACGAGCUAUGAUAAUACGAAUGUUAUAAGACACAACGGUGAAAAUGUAAAUACUAAUAGUGAUGGUAAUGAUGUGAACCACACUAGCAUUAACAGUGGUGUAAUGAACCACACUAGCAUAAAUAGUGGUGUAAUGAUUCAAAAAGAUGAAAGAUCUGAGAUGAUUCAAACAAAUGUGAAUAGAAUGAAUUUUAUGAAUAAUAUGAAUGGAAAUAAUGUUGAUGACGAUGAUCGUCUAGUUUCAUCGCUUCAACCCUUUUCCCAGUCUCAAUCAUCACCUCAACCACAACAAAGACAAAAUAUAAAUUCGGCUACUUUAUCAGCAAGGCAAAUUAGAUCCCUUAGUCUUGGUCCUAAAGUUAUAAACUCACUAAAUCGUGGCGGUGAUGAAACAGGUGAAGGAUUUCGGAUGGUGGAGUUUCAAAAUGUAAGCAAUUUUGAGCGAUUUGUAGUUGAUAAAGCCUAUCAUCAGUAUGAACAAUCUGUGCCAGAAGUUCCACCACCACCUUACUCACCACCAGAAUCAUCUCUCCGAUUCCAUCGUCGUCGUUCGUCAACUUCAUUCUUUCUAAGGCCAAAAACCUCAGCUGAUCUUCGUAAAGAACUUUUGAAAUUAACUGAAGAAUCGAAGAAAGAACAAGAUAAUUGGAGAAUCGAGGAAGCUAGGUUAAGAAUGCGAAUAAAUUCUAAGCCAGAAGAAAUUGAACGGGUUAAAAGGAAAAUGAGAGAAUCUAAUGAGAAAUAUCGGAAAAAAAUUGAAGCUGUAACUGCAAAAUUGAGACAGUUGAGUUUUAAUAACAUGGAUGGGAAUUAA